AUGCUAGUCUCGGCCGUGGGACCGCGCAAGCUGGUCCUUGUGGUCUUCAUUGCCGUCUGCUUGCUCUUCUUGUCCCUCCGCAGCUCCUUCGCCUCCAACUACCUCGACGACCGCAUCGUGCCGAUCGAGAACACCGUCUCGAACGAGAAGUACGCCGCGGAGCCGCCACAGGAGCAUCUCACCUCCGGAGACUCGUCGCCGGCGCAGGACGCGGCGGCAGACACCGACGGGGAAUGGCACCAGCACUACUCGUUCCCCUCUUCGGCAGCUCUCAAGGAGAAGACCUCGACUUCGCUCAUCCCCGCAACCGCCACCGGUGCCGCUGAGCCUGCCUCGACUCCGGCUUCCAAGUCCGGCAGCAGCUGGCACGUUUUCCACGAUGUCAUCAAGACGAGCAAGGAAUCGGCCAUCACGCAGACCAAGAAGCUGUCGCCCGUCUCGAACAUGCGCCAGUACUUGAACAAGAUGCUCGUCUGGAGCCGCCCCGACCCCGACCCCUCGCAUUGGCCGGCCUACCAGGACUACAUUACCCGUGACUACGACCCCAACAGAUGGGAGGCCUUCCCUGCUGAGCGUGGCUACUACACACAGGGCGUCAAGUCUCUCAAGAAGGCCACAGAGCCGAAGCCCUACCUUCCGUACCCGGAGUACAACAGCCCCGAUUGGAAGAAGCAGUGGAAUGGCGAAUAUGUGGCGUGCGAGGGCCCACGUGGCAAGCCGCUCAACGAGAGUUACUUGGAUUUGGUCAAAGCUUACCCAGAGGUCUCGAGCCACUUCCCGAAACCCUCUACCGGCACGAUUGAGGGCUUGGGCCUGGAUGCGAACAUCUGCUUUGAUCGCUAUGGCCGCUACGGCGCUUAUGGAUUCGGCGCCGACGAGUACGAUCUGCCCGACUGGGAGCCUGUUCAGGAACAGCAGGUCAUCUGGCGCAAGGUCAACUGGGGAAAACUGCAGAACCAGUGCGUUGAGCGCAACCACCAGCGCUACGCCCCUCACGCUCGCACCAAGGAGACCAAUCUGCAGCCUGGUCUCCAGAUCCCGGAAGUGGACGUCGACACGCUGAGCAACUCGGCGUACAGCACCGAACUCACUUCUCGUGAGAUGCAGGCAGGAGGAGAGGUGACACAGAAGUACCAUUCGCGCACUGCCAUCCUGAUUCGGACUUGGGAAGGUUACACCUACACCGACAAUGAUCUCCAGGCCAUUCGUGCCAUGAUCCAGGAGACUUCCCUCUUCUCCGGCGGUGAAUUCCAGGUGUUCCUCUUCGUGAACGUCAAGGACCGCACCGUUCCCAUCUUCGACGACCCGCAGGCUUACGAUGACAUGCUCAAGAAGGUCGUUCCCACCGAACUCCGUAGCAUCUCUAUCCUUUGGAACGAGGACAUUUGCCAGAGAGCCUAUCCCGAGGUUACUGAUUGGCAGGUGUACUGGCACCAGUUCAUGCCCGUCCAGUGGUUCAGCAAGACACACCCAGAGUUCGACUACGUCUGGAACUGGGAAACUGAUGCUCGUUACACGGGCCAGCACUACCAUUUCCUCUCGAAGAUUCAGGACUUCGCCAGGAACUCGCCCCGGAAGUACCUCUGGGAGCGUAACAAGCGCUACUACAUCCCCGGUCUUCACGGCGAUUACGAGACCUACUUCAAUGACACCAACCAGGUUGUCGAGGAGUCUUGGAGCUCAGGUUCUAUUCCUAGCCCUGUCUGGGGCCCGCAGCCCUACUCUCCGGUGCAAACUCCGGUGGGACCGAUGCCGCCGCACGAGAUGACUGCCGACAACUACGAAUGGGGUGUUGGUGAGGAGGCAGACCUCAUCACUCUUCUGCCCAUGUUCGACCCUGUCCGCACUUUCUGGUCCUACCGCGACAAGAUUUGGAACUACAUUCCGGGCCUCCACCCUGAUUUCAGCGUUGACCCGUACGACAACGCCUACACGGACCCCCGUUUCGUCACCAUUCCUCGCCGUAUUUUCAUCAACACGGUCGCACGUUUCAGCAAGCGCAUGCUGCACACGAUGCACAUUGAGAACAAGGUUGGUCGCUGCAUGCAGGCUGAAAUGUGGCCCGCGACUGUCGCACUUCAGCACGGUCUCAAGGCUGUCUAUGCGCCUCAGCCCAUUUGGUUCGACCGCGUUUGGCCGCCGCACUACAUCGAUGCCAUCUUCAACGCCAAUCUGGACGGUGAUUUCAACCCGAUCGGUUGGUCUGAGGGCCCCGACUCUCCCUACAACGGCGACCGCGAACACAACUACUACGGUUGGUCAUGGUACUUCAGCUCGCGCUUCCCCAAGGACAUCUACAGGAGAUGGUUGGGCUGGAAGGUCAAGAUUCACGAGUGGGGCGAGCCCGAAAAGAUUGUCGGCGGCCAAGAGGAAGAGCACGGCCAGGGCGGCGAGCGCGUCAAGGUCGGUGGCAGCGACAACAGAGACUCGGAAAAGCCGAUGGUAGGCGGACGCAUGUGUCUGCCUGGCAUGCUGCUGCAUCCCGUCAAGAGGAUCCAGCAGGGUGAGAUCUGA